AUGGUUUUAAAGGAGUUCUGUGCAGAGGGUUAUGAGCGGAUCCCAGACGCCGUAGCUGCAGGGGCGCAGCGUGUUGAGCUUUGUGCCCGCUUGGAUGUCGGUGGUGUUACCCCGUCCGCUGAGACGAUCCACAAGACAGUGGAGUAUUGCCACGCCAGAAAUGUUUUGGUAAUGGUCAUCAUACGCUGUAGAGGAGGCAAUUUCUAUUAUAGUGAUGAGGAAUUUCAGGUAAUGCGGGAAAGUGUCCUACUGGCGAAGUGCUCGGGGGCGGAUGGUGUUGUUGUUGGGGCCAUUGAUGCCCUUGGUAAUGUAGACCCUCGGAUUGGCAUCUUGGUGUCUGCUGCUGAAGGACUGUCUCUUACUUUCCACAUGGCUUUUGAUGAAAUCCCCGCUGAAAAGCAAUUCCAAGCCAUUGAUGUUUUGACGACGUACGGAUUUCAUCGCAUUCUAACCCAUGGAGGACCUGCAGGUACCAGUAUUGAACAAAAUAUGCAUCGCCUGACAGAGCUAGUCGCAUAUGCUAAAAAUCGCAUAUCUAUUAUGCCUGGGGGAGGGGUGACGACCUCGAAUGCUGACAGAAUUGUCAGGGAUUUGGGCGUCACCGAAGUUCAUGGAACACGGAUUGUGCGGUUUCUCCAAUCAAUUACAUAG